UCUGACUGUGUUAUUCUACAGUGACAGCAGUGUCACACGUAGAGGAUUUCACGCAAACUGGGUCUUUGUAGAGUCUCCCUCAGAUGACCCCUGCUACAGCUACACUGUACUGGACGAACCUUGGAGAGCCACUGACUAUCAGAAUGACUCUGUCUUAAUGUGUGACCGGGAUGUGAAUUGGUUUGGCUGGUAUCGUCUCUUCAUUCAUGGCCAGAGUGCCCAGAUGCCAAACACAUGUAUUGACGAGUACAAAUGUGGCACUCAUGCCCCACUGUGGUUAAAUGGUGAACACCCAAAAGUCGAGGAUGGAGUGGUCACCCGAGGUGUCUGUGGUCACUGGAACAAUAACUGCUGCUAUUACAAUUCUACUCCCAUUAGAGUGAAAGCCUGUCCAGGCGAUUAUUAUGUCUAUGAAUUUGUCAGGCCAUUUAUGUGUGCUGUGGCUUACUGUGCAGAUGUUGGGAACAUCAACACUAUCUAUACAACUAUCACACCAGAGACCAAUUCAUCUGAACCAUGUGGUGGCAAUAUGACAGAUUGGAGGGGUGUAUUACUCAGUCCCCGGUACCCUAAUAACUACCCUAAUAACGCACAAUGCACCUGGACCAUUCACAGCACAGGGAACACAACUGUGUCACUGAUCUUCACUGACGUUGAUUUGGAAACAUGCUGUGAUUACAUCAAAGUAUAUGAUGGUCCGUCUACCCACCACCCCUUACUGGGAGAAAUACGGGAGUACAGGAACCAGUCUUUUAGAUCCAGCAGCAAUGAUCUGACUGUGUUAUUCUACAGUGAUCACAGUGUCACACGUAGAGGAUUUCAUGCAAACUGGGUCUUUGUAGAGUCUCCCUCAGAUGACCCCUGCUACAGCUACACUGUACUGGACGAACCUUGGAGAGCCACUGACUAUCAGAAUGACUCUGUCUUAAUGUGUGACCGGGAUGUGAAUUGGUUUGGCUGGUAUCGUCUCUUCAUUCAUGGCCAGAGUGCCCAGAUGCCAAACACAUGUAUUGACGAGUACAAAUGUGGCACUCAUGCCCCACUGUGGUUAAAUGGUGAACACCCAAAAGUCGAGGAUGGAGUGGUCACCCGAGGUGUCUGUGGUCACUGGAACAAUAACUGCUGCUAUUACAAUUCUACUCCCAUUAGAGUGAAAGCCUGUCCAGGCGAUUAUCAUGUCUAUGAAUUUGUCAGGCCAUUUAUGUGUGCUGUGGCUUACUGUGCAGAUGUUGGGAACAUCAACACUAUCUAUACAACUAUCACACCAGAGACCAAUUCAUCUGAACCAUGUGGUGGCAAUUUGACAGAUUGGAGGGGUGUAUUACUCAGUCCCCGGUACCCUAAUAACUACCCUAAUAACGCACAAUGCACCUGGACCAUUCACAGCACAGGGAACACAACUGUGUCACUGAUCUUCACUGACGUUGAUUUGGAAACAUGCUGUGAUUACAUCAAAGUAUAUGAUGGUCCUUCUACCCUCCAUCCAUUUCUGGGAGAAAUACAGGAGUACAGGAACCAGUCUUUCAAAUCCAGCAGCAAUGAUCUGACUGUGUUAUUCUACAGUGAUCACAGUGUCACACGUAGAGGAUUUCACGCAAACUGGGUCUUUAUAGAAUCAUGUGGUGGCUAUAUGACAGACUGGAUGGGUGAUUUGUCCAGUCCCUGGUACCCUAAUAACUACCCUGAUAACUCAUAUUGCACAUGGACCAUUCAUAGCACAGGGAACAUGACAGUGUCACUGACCUUCACCGAUGUUGUGUAGGGCACUAUUUGACAUUUCUAAUUUUGUAACUGAGA